AUGGUUUAUGAAACCAUCUUCUACAUAAACCAGGGAAACCCAUUUAAUCUAAAGACUCUGGUGGACAAGUGGCCUGAUUUUAAUACAGUGGUUGUCCGCCCUCAGGAGCAGGAAAUGACAGAUGAUCUUGAUCACUACACCAAUACUUAGAAAAUCUAUUCCAAGGACCCCAUGAAAUGUCAAGAAUUUCUUGGCUUGCCAGAAGUCAUAAACUGGAAACAACAUUUGCAGAUUCAAAGUUCACAGUCCAGCCUGGAUAAGGUGAUAGAAAAUCUUGCAGCCAUCAGUUUGGGCAGGGUCAAGCAAACACAGUGCAUUCUCUAUGUAAUUCCUAAGACAGCAAAGGAAUUGAUGCCUUCACUGCUAAAUGCAAGAAAAUUACCCGACCGUGACAAACUCAAGAUCAUGUAA